GCCGGCGCAUAUAAAUGAGACGGACGCCGUUCUGGCGUUCUCCCCUUCCCUUCCAGAGCAGAGCAGGCACACCUCACCGCAGCGCCCUCCUCGUCUCUAUCCCCGUCGGAUCCACCACCGAGCACCGACCGACCGCACCUCUGCUCGCUCCUGCCGCCACAAUCGCUGCUCUUCUCUAAGUGCUGUCGAUUUGUGCGUUGGCUGGUUUUCAUUCGGUUCCAUCCUUGUGUUGAUCAAUGGCUGACGGUGAGGAUAUCCAGCCACUUGUGUGUGACAAUGGCACUGGAAUGGUCAAGGCUGGCUUUGCUGGUGAUGAUGCGCCCAGAGCAGUGUUCCCUAGUAUAGUUGGCCGCCCUCGGCACACGGGUGUGAUGGUUGGAAUGGGCCAAAAGGAUGCCUAUGUUGGUGAUGAGGCACAGUCAAAAAGAGGUAUCUUGACCUUGAAGUACCCCAUUGAACAUGGUAUCGUGAACAACUGGGAUGAUAUGGAGAAAAUCUGGCAUCACACCUUCUACAAUGAACUGCGUGUUGCUCCUGAAGAGCAUCCAGUUCUGCUGACAGAAGCACCUCUGAACCCAAAGGCAAACAGAGAGAAGAUGACCCAAAUUAUGUUUGAGACAUUCAAUGCACCAGCAAUGUAUGUUGCUAUCCAAGCUGUUCUUUCCCUAUAUGCCAGUGGUCGCACAACAGGUAUUGUACUUGAUUCUGGUGACGGUGUGACCCACACUGUGCCAAUCUAUGAGGGAUACGCGCUUCCUCAUGCUAUUCUUAGGUUGGAUCUUGCUGGUCGUGAUCUGACUGACUGCCUAAUGAAGAUCCUCACAGAAAGGGGUUAUUCCUUCACUACAACAGCAGAACGGGAAAUUGUAAGAGAUAUAAAGGAGAAGCUGGCCUUUGUCGCCCUUGAUUACGAGCAGGAGCUCGAGACUGCUAAGAGCAGCUCCUCUGUCGAGAAGAGCUAUGAGUUGCCUGAUGGGCAGGUCAUCACAAUUGGCGCAGAAAGGUUCAGAUGCCCAGAAGUGCUUUUCCAGCCGUCACUGAUUGGGAUGGAAGCUCCUGGCAUCCAUGAGACCACCUACAACUCUAUCAUGAAAUGUGAUGUUGAUAUCAGGAAGGAUCUGUAUGGCAACAUCGUUCUCAGUGGAGGAACAACCAUGUUCCCUGGCAUUGCUGACAGGAUGAGCAAGGAGAUUAGUGCCCUUGCACCGAGCAGUAUGAAAAUCAAGGUAGUGGCGCCUCCAGAGAGAAAAUACAGUGUUUGGAUUGGUGGUUCAAUCCUUGCCUCCCUCAGCACAUUCCAGCAGAUGUGGAUAUCCAAGGAAGAAUACGAUGAAUCCGGACCUGCUAUCGUCCACCGAAAAUGCUUCUGAGCUUUCAGCCGCACCUUUCGUUGUGUGUCAGGCUGUUGAGAUCUGCAUUAUUGAGUGUCUUUGUGAAGUACAUAUAGUUUUUGCGAGCAUGAUUGCAUGAGGGAAGGAGUACACCCAACUAAGCAUUUGCCUUUCAUAUGCCCUGCUUUAGUGAUCCAGAUGCUGCUUCUUCAAGUGAUUUGUCGAUAUAGUAUGCGAGCAAUGUAUUGGUUUUGGCUACAGCUGUCCUGUCAUGACAUUAGCUAUGUAUCUAUCUAUAUCUGCAUACAGUAUUGGCUAUUUGGUCGUUUUCCCUGUGGGCGGAAGACUCGAUAUGAUAUUUAAGUUCACAGUUUUUUUUUUA